AUGAACGGCGGCCACAAGUUCCGGGUGGAUGUGUUGGUUGAUACCUUGAGCAAGCUUAGCGAGGACAACGGGAGGCUGUUGCAGACGUACAGGGCAAACGCGGAAAGCAACAUGAGAACGUGGGCAGAGGCAGCGAAGACAAGCGGUCGAAAGAAAGCUGAACACGCCAAAGUAGACAUCGAAGUCAUUGAAGGAGACUCGCUGUCAACGGCACGGUACUUUACUGAGAAAUACGGCGAAAUAUUCACUGUGUUGAACAUGGCCAACGAACAAUUUAUCGCACGGAAAUCUUUUACGAUCAUAGCACGAUUGUAUGUGAGUACAUCGAGGUUAUGGGCGCAAUGAACUGAGUAUAGCAAUAGCUAUGAAUAUUACAAGGGCAUAUGAGAUAUAGUGAUGUGCGUGUGACUUUAAUAUUCGCAAAGUCUAUCCUUCGUGUGGCCCUACGGUCGUACGCCCAUCACUCUGCUUGGGGUCUUCACACUUUGAUGGUAGUAAGUAGCGCCUUUUCGAUCUUUCUCCGAAGUAUUUUCAGAAUCUCGCGCUGAGGCUGAGAAUGAGAUGCAAGUGGUCGUGCGUAAGAUUUUCCGUGCGAUAGCCUUCGUUGGAGGUAUGGUAAAGUAUGGCACUGCUGCGCAGGAAGAAAACAUCUUUCGUCGCUCGGAUUGCUUGGAUUCGCUUCGGAAUGAUCAGGUGCAGCCAGGAGACAUGGACCGGUAUAACGACAAAACCCGGAGCCGGAUAAAUGGCUCUCGUGGCAAGGUCUACUUGGACGAUGAGCAUCCUCGGGUGUGCGUCAAAGGACCGGAGGACAUCAAGAAUACUCCCGGCGGCCGCGUAGGCGGGUACGAGUGGUUGGGGCCCGACGAGACCUUCUUGUGGUACGAAAUGCGCGCGGCUGCGAAGAGGUACAAGCCCAACGACCUCGAUCCGUCGGCCCCUGACCCAAGCGAGUGGCAGCCCGAAGAGGCUAAGCAACGCAUCCGGGCUCAAUUCGCUACCUUGUCCUUGAAGGAAAAAAACAAAAAGUUCGUGAUCCUGUCUGCCUUCGGGUGCGGAGCCUUCCACCAUCCGGCUGACAAGGUUGCGCAGAUCUACAAAGAGGUUAUUGCCGAGCAAGGCGAUGCUUUCAAUGGUGGGGCGCUCAUUUUCGCGAUUUUGCCGAGUGGAACGAAAAAUCACAAGUUGUUUGCACAAGUGCUAACGCCUGACAAUAAAGAUCCAGUGGCAUUGGAACAGCUGGAGCCGUUGUCCGGACCAGCAAAGCUUGCAAAGCCACCGACCCCGGAGAAGCCGAACCCUGCCCCAGGUACUACUGCGACACAGCGUCUGGAACCACCGCUUCCGGAACAACCGCUGCGGGUCCCCGCCAGGGACGGUAAGAACGGGGCAGUAUUACCGCCGGCGCCAGGCGUGGUCUCCACAGCAGCAGCAGCAGCAGCAGCAGCAGCUGAUGGAGCACAGCCUCCCCCUCCCGCCCCGAAGAUGGGCCAUGGCAUCGCAACACCACCCCCGGGCCCCCCGGGAGGUGCAGCACAGCCCCAGCCGCUAGGAUCAACAGGCACAGCGUCAUCAAGCGUUCCUCUGCAGGGACAUCAAACCCCGACUGCACCGACAACGCCGGCUACAGCACGACCUGCGGCAACACCGUAUGCACCACCUGGAGGAGAUCAACCGCCUGCAGCUGCACCAACUCAUAAAAUAAGCUGGCGCACCCCUGGGGAGCUGGUCGUGGUGGUGCCCCCGCCCCCGCCGACUUCCGCGGCAACACCACCACAACCUGCACGGGUGCGAGUGGGCAACCUCCGGGGAGCGACAACAACGACCACCGGCCCACCCUUUUCUUGUGCGGGCUGUUAGUUACUGAGACGAGUACCCCUUGUUGGAAACUACAGAGCGCUGCCUCUUUUUUAUUGCAAUUCCAUUGCUAUACCAUUACCAAUACCUAUACGAGUACACGUAUGAUAUUUUUUUUUGCCGCAAAUUGAAUGUUAGAUUGAUAAUGUGUUGAUCAUACAGCAAAGUAAAGAAAGUAAAGAGAUACGUAAAAAAACUUUUUUAAGAUUACAAAAACAUCGUGUGCCUUUGUAACAUCUCUUCAUUGCUUCCCAGGACUCUUGAAUAACAUGUAGAGCUCUGACAGUUUUCCCUCAGAAGAAAUAAUUUCACUAUAGAUCAUAGUUCCAUCGUUCUUGUUGACGCCUAUUAUUUUGAUACGAGGACAUCUCCAAUGCUGAGUCUGGUCCUAAAUGUGUGACGCGGAGGUGUGAAUCACUGGACAAAAAUUCCGAAGAAAACUCGGACGUAAUGGAUCCAUC